GAUAGUAUAUGCCUGGGUCAGCGAAAUCAAAGCCAAAGAGUGGACAUGGAAAACAGAACGAACGAGAAAGCUUCAUCUUUAAGAUGGAAAAUUCUUCGUCAAGCUCUUCUCUCUAAACCCUCUCCUCCAAACUCAGACGAGCAAUCUCAAAUUAGUAUCAAACGCAUUUCAAGAAGAACCACUCAUGGAUUCAACUUGAUACCCUCUCGUGUAGUCGACGGUGAACGCAGUUCAAAUAAAUGCAACGGUUCUUCCACUAAAGAUGCUCGAGUUUGUUACACUUUGCCAAUUGUUGGCGCUCCUCAACUGUUUUUGAGACAAAGAGUUGACAACCAUCCUGACCUCAGUGAUUUUCAGACAUGCAACAGAUACAACAUUGACAACACUGGGCUUGUCUGUAAUUGGCCGUCAGAAGAUGUUCUUGCUCAUUAUUGCUUGUCACAUACAGAUAUAUUCAGGUCUAAAAAAGUUAUUGAACUUGGUUCUGGAUAUGGCUUGGCUGGAUUUGUUAUUGCAGCUGUUACUGAGGCAUCGGAGGUAGUAAUCUCAGAUGGAAAUCCACAAGUAGUUGAUUAUACUCAGCGUAACAUUGAAGCUAACUCUGGAGCAUUUGGGGAUACAGUUGUGAAGUCUAUGACGCUUCACUGGAAUCAGGAACAUACUUCUAGUGUUGCAGACACUUUUGAUAUCAUUGUUGCAAGUGAUUGCACUUUCUUUAAGGAUUUCCACAGAGACCUUGCUCGAAUUGUCAAACACUUGUUAUCAAAAAAAGAAUCUUCUGAGGCUAUAUUUUUAAGUCCGAAAAGAGGCAACUCAUUGGACCUGUUCUUGGAGGUGGCUAAAGAACAUGGCUUGCAUUUCAGUGUAACAGAGAACUAUGACAAAGAAGUCUGGAAACGUCAUGAGGGGUUCUUGAAUGGUGCAGAUAGAGACUCUUGGCCCAAUUAUGAGACAGGUCACUGCUAUCCACUCUUAAUCAGAAUCACCCUUUGAACUUUCUUCCAGACAUUCUGCCUGUGACCUUUCAUUGGUUGACUCUUGUUAAAGAUAAGUAGAAAUCUAUUCCUCCAACACAGUAAAUGUCUAGUGCAGUUACUUAUCAAUUGCACGCGCUUAUGUAAUGAUUUGUUGGGGUCACAUCUUCAAUAGACAGUACUAAUCUCAUCGACGAAUGCUCAAAUGAAUGUGAGGCAGAUGUGUCGAUUCACCUCAAAAGUGAAGAUCAUAAUAUCUGUCACAAAAGUACCCAGGAUUAUCAAAAACUUUUUUUAGCCCACUUGGUCUUUAUGACCUGAAAGAAAGGAGAAAAAAGAAAGAAAAAAAAAGUAAUUGAUAUUUCUGCUGCUUCUGCAUGUGGUAUAAUUAAUAAAUUAUUAAUAGUGAUUAAAAUGCUUGCACAAGUGUGUCCUGUUUAUAAUUAAAAAAUGACAGGUUAGAUGAAUCAUGUAUGGAUUGGAUUGGCUGUGGUUUUAUUAUUGUGACGGUUGCUUUGAUUUGCUAAUGGUUUUGCACUGCUACUUUUGACAAAAAAAGUUUUCCUUAUCUUCAUUUAAGCAUCAUAGUUAAAGUAUAAAGCUUUUAGAAGAGCAGUACAUUGAGUAAACAAAGCAACUCUGAUUGGGAUGAAGCUGUAAUGUGUCAAAAGAUAUAGCAUUUAGUUCAAUUAAACUAGAAUUUUAUGCAAGUGGAA